AUGGCACAUUCAAGGAUUUCUCUCGUCCUCCCAAACGGAUCUUCAUCAAAUCCAGACAUCCCGGGAGACGCAGCAAACGAACGCACUUCACUUCUCAAGCCCAACGAAAGUGGGAAUCACCUCCAAUCAAAUGACUCAGAUCCGCAAGAAGAGGAUACAGCUGUCACAGCCAAAGAGCUGCCUUUUCAUAAGCUUGCCAUUAUCUUUUCAACAGCUUGGGUGGGUGUAUUUCUGGGGGCUGUCGAUUCUACCAUCAUUGCCACCCUCAGCGCGCCCAUCUCCAGCGAGUUCCAGUCUCUCAGCUUGCUAUCAUGGCUGGCCACAGCAUAUCUCAUAUCCAAUGCUGUCUGUCAGCCAAUAUCUGGUCGCCUGACGGAUAUUUUUGGUCGUGGACCUGGCUUGAUAUUCAGUAAUAUCUUCUUUGCUGCAGGCAAUCUUAUUUGUGGGUUUGCUACCAACGAAUCCCAGAUCAUCCUCGGUAGAGUCAUUGCGGGAAUUGGUGGCGGUGGACUCAUGAGCAUCGCUACAUUCUUAAGCUCGGAUUUGAUUCCAUUGAGAAAAAGAGGUGUCGUUCAAGGAAUCCUAAAUGUAUGCUUUGGUUCAGGAGCCAUGUUGGGUGGCGUGAUUGGUGGUCUUCUCAACGACCAGACCAAGCUUGGCUGGAGACUUGCUUUCAUCAUUCAAGCUCCUCCCACUCUUCUAUCCGCUGUUGGUGUUUAUUUCUUUGUAAGGAUUCCGCCAAAACAGUCCCACAAAGCCUACAUUGCGCGUAUAGAUUUUCUCGGGGUCUCCCUGAUAGUCUCUUUCCUUGUUCUGCUUCUCGUGGGCUUAACUACCGGGGGAACCAAUGUUCCCUGGACUCACCCACUACCGCUCACUACCAUCCCCCUGUCCAUUGUUGCCUUUUUCGCAUUCCUUUGGUGGGAGUCAAGGACUGCCCAACCUAUUAUCCCAGUCAGGCUUCUGGCGAAACGAACCGUGCUAGCUGCUUGCUUGUCCAAUUUUUUCUGCGCCAUGGUCAUUCUUUCUGCGCUGUUCUAUAUCCCCUUGUAUCUCCAGAUUCGCGGACAUAGCGCAACAAACGCUGGUCUUCUUAUUCUUUCUUCUUCUCCUGUGGGAGGUUCCUGCGGCUCUAUUGGGGCUGGUAUGAUUAUGAACAAGACAGGAAAAUACACUAGACUGGGUGUUGUCAGUGGGAUUGUCAUGACCUCUGGUGUCAUCACUUUUGCAUUCCACGACAAAAACACACCUUCCUUGUUGACACCCAUUGCCUUCUUCCUCGUUGGAAGUGGUUACGGGUCCUUGCUGACAACUACUCUACUAGCUUGCAUUGCUGCUGUUGAGCAUGCUCACCAGGCUGUUGUCACCUCUGCCACUUAUAUGGGCCGAAGCGUUGGAAGUGCUCUCGGAAUCACCAUCAGCUCCGCGGUCUACCAAAAUGUCUUGAGCAAAAGGUUGUGGGAUAGGUUCGGAAACUACCCCGACUCAGCGAAGGAGAUUGCUCGCAUCCGCAACGACAUCAUGGAGCUGAAACACCUGCCAGACGGAUGGUACGAGGGAGUUAUUAAAUCUUUCAUGGACGCAUUUCAUGCAGUCUUCCUUGCACUGCUAGGGAUGGUGAUUGCUGGGUUGGUGUGUGCCUCGCUUAUGAGGCAGCACACCCUUCAUUCAACGCUGAAUCGAGACGAGCGAUGA